ACUGUCCCUUUCUUCUCUUUUCUCAGUUUCUGUCUUUCGCCGAUCGGUUCUAUCUUCUCUCAAUAGCAGAACUAUUUCUCUUGUUUUCGAGUAGCAGGAAAUGGGUUUGUGGACACUGCUGGAGGGAUGUCUGCUUCUUGCCAAUGCAUUGGCCAUACUAAACGAAGACCGCUUUCUUGCUCGUAGAGGGUGGAGCUUCCAGGAAUACUCAGGAAUCAAGAGGAAUUCAUUGAAGGGCCAGAUUCUUGGUCUUAUUUAUGCAACUCAGUACUUGAGAGUUCCACUAAUGCUCCUCAACAUUCUUUGCAUUGCUGUAAAGCUCAUUUCUGGAUAAACAUCCAUCAUGGUAUUUGUAGCCAUAUCUUCUUUUUUCUUCUCGUGUUAUAUACAUGUUGGGCAACGAACUGGAGAAUUUUUUCCCCCAUCAUCUUAACAUACUUGUAGACUUUGUUUGGUUCAGGAAAUUAGGAAGGUCAAGAGAAUGUUGCAAACAAAUAAAAAUUAUCGAGAUGA